CACGUAACAUCAUCCAGUGGUCCAUUGGCUGUACACAAUGUCAUUUCUGUUCUCGGUUUUUCCGGCGUCUCGCGACCGAAACGGGACCGGAGCGCGUCAGUAAUGCGCGGUAACGCAUCGAUUCUUCGUUACGUUCACGAUCGGCCCGUGGUAUCGCGAGGAUGAGCAUUCAAAGAGGCCGCGUUAGAAUAUGAUACUCUUGAGAGCGCACGGGAUCAGAUUCGUUGGGAAGCGUGCUUCGGGGAGCCUGAACGGAAUCGAAACGCAAAUAAAGUUGCGCGAAACACUUCGGCCGACCGUUGACAAGAUUGACAACUCGGAUCUACGGCCGAGCAUGGAAUAGCAUAGAGUGUUGCGUUCGAAGCCGGUGCGUCCACCGCGAACCUAAUUGAGCUCCCGAAGACCUAGACGCGCUGGAGAUGUUAUUGCGAACGAUCAUCCUGAUCCUUAUGGCGAGGCUGUGCUACGCCAAUCCCGAUGCCAAGAGACUCUACGACGACUUGCUGUCCAAUUACAAUCGACUGAUUCGACCUGUAUCCAACAACACGGACACCGUCGUCGUCAAACUCGGGCUACGUCUGUCGCAGCUCAUAGAUCUCAACUUGAAAGAUCAGAUCCUCACGACGAACGUUUGGCUGGAGCACGAAUGGCAGGACCACAAGUUCCAAUGGGAUCCGGCGGAAUACGGGGGUGUCACUGAACUCUACGUGCCCAGCGAGCAUAUAUGGCUUCCCGACAUUGUCCUCUACAAUAACGCCGACGGGGAGUACGGAGUGACGACAAUGACGAAAGCGAUUCUACAUUACACGGGAAAAGUGCUGUGGACACCGCCAGCGAUUUUCAAGUCUUCGUGCGAGAUAGACGUCAGGUACUUCCCGUUCGAUCAACAAACCUGUUUCAUGAAAUUCGGAUCGUGGACAUACGACGGAUUUCAGAUCGACCUGAAGCAUAUCAAUCAGAAUAUGGGAGACAAAGUCGAGGUUGGCAUCGAUCUCCGGGAGUACUAUCCCAGCGUCGAAUGGGACAUACUGGGGGUUCCGGCGGAGCGACACGAGAAGUACUACCCCUGCUGCCAGGAACCGUAUCCCGACAUCUUCUUCAACAUCACCUUGCGCCGGAAAACCUUGUUUUAUACCGUGAACCUGAUCGUGCCCUGCGUGAGCAUCUCCUAUCUGUCGGUGCUGGCCUUCUACCUGCCAGCCGACUCCGGAGAGAAGAUCGCGCUCUGCAUCAAUAUCCUGCUGUCGCAGACCAUGUUCUUCCUUCUAAUAUCGGAAAUCAUACCGUCAACGUCGCUAGCUCUGCCAUUGCUAGGCAAAUAUUUGCUGUUCACGAUGAUUCUCGUGGGUCUCUCGGUUGUGAUCACGAUCAUCAUACUGAACGUUCACUAUCGGAAGCCUAGCACUCACAAAAUGGCGCCGUGGAUCAGGAAGAUCUUCAUACGAAGAUUACCGAAGUUGCUUUUAAUGAGGGUGCCGGACGACCUGCUGAACGAUCUAGCCGCGCACAAGAUACAUGGCAGAGGGCGAUCGGGUACAAAGGACAAGUUCACUGCUGCUGUUGCGGCUGCCAUGCAGUCGUCGUCGAUAGUCUCUUCCCCGGACUCUGCUCGUCAUCAACGAAUCGGCGGAUGUAACGGUUUGCACACGACGAGUGCGCACAACAGAUUCCUGGGAGGCUUAGGUGGAUACAACGGACUUCCCACAGUGAUGUCCGGGUUAGACGAGUCACUGAGCGACGUAACCCCGAAGAAGAAGUAUCCGUUCGAACUCGAGAAGGCUCUGCACAACGUGAUGUUCAUUCAGCACCAUAUACAACGGCAAGACGAAUUUAACGCGGAAGAUCAAGAUUGGGGUUUCGUAGCGAUGGUUCUCGACCGACUAUUCCUCUGGAUCUUCACGAUAAGUUCCAUCGUCGGCACGUUCGCGAUCCUUUGCGAAGCUCCGGCGCUUUACGACGACACCAAACCAAUCGACAUGGAAUACUCUUCCGUGGCUCAACAGCAAUUUCUUCCCCGUGGCAAUCUGCUGGAUACUCUCGCGUAGAAUCGACGAUGCGGAGCUACUUGGAAACGCGAAACUUCACGUGUCGACUUCAUAUCCUUCCCUUGUUACCCUUCAUUUCUCUUCAUAGAUCUCACGCUAGUCUCUGCAGAAAGGAUAGCUCCUGCAACUCCCGAGAGCCUUCUUCUCUCUUCCUCUCUUCGUCACUGUCUCACUACGCAUACAAUUCGCGAUAGCGUGUUGUGUAUAAAAGAUACUUCAUUUAUAUGAGUACUAAUCACUGUAGCAUGCGCGCACGUUGAACAAGUGCUCUUGAACCACCAGUAAAUCCGUUAUCGUACCGCUAAUAGAGUCGUUGCAGUAUCAAAUAGGUACUCGUAGGGAUUUUGUAACCAUCAGUUACAUAGAAACUGAUUCCGAACGGGAUAUAACUGUACGAAUCAAAGUCUAGCCGCGUGUAGCGCAACUCGUCUUUUGCUCGAGUCUAAUAACUAAGAUCGCUCAAGUUUAUGCGCUUAUUGUACGCAGUAAAAUCUUCGAAAUAAUCGCGAAACAUAAAAGCUGAUUCGAUUCGAUGCAGUUUCGUUUUAUCAUCAAUUUAUUGGGAUCAAUUGCGAUGGUGUUCACAAAAAUGUUCGAAUUGAUUUGCAAAAGUGUAAAUCCGCAUAAACUUGCGCGACCUACCAAUUAACUUCUCGAGCGACGCUCGAGAAUAUGUUUCCGUAGCGUACGUACGAGACUUUUACAACCUAACAAAAUAUAAACCAUUGUUUCUCAUUUACGAAACAAGUGUAUAUAUACUCGAAUCUGUUCAACAUCUUGUACACUUAUAAAAAUAAAAUAAACAACUGUUACAACGUAA